GGCUAUCGGACUGGUCUGGUCUAAAGUGGUUGCCUUGUCCACUAUGUUCAUCGUGACAAUGGCGUUUGGAAUAAUUGCCAAUCUUAUCGUUCGUUACUUUGAGCGGAAGGGUAAAAACACAGCAAACUUGGACGAAAGCAUGGUCGUGCAUCUGUUGAACUGUUUGGCGGGUGGCUUGUUUUUCGGAACUUUCCUGCUGGGACUGCUUCCGGAAGUCCGAGAGUUGUUCGAAGGAAUUAUGGAGAGAUACAACGUUGAUACCCACUUCCCCGUGGCGGAGGCAGCCACAGCCGUGGGGUUUUUCUUCGUCAUGAUUUUGGAGCACCUCAUUGAAAUGUGCCAACGUGGGGCCAGUGGCCAUGGCCAUGGCCAUGGCGGUAGCCAUAAUCACGGACACAUCAAUGGUCAUGAAGAUGGCCAUAGACAAAGUCACGUGACCGGGCAGAGCAACUCCGUUAGGAACAGUACCGGUAAAGGCGAGAGCAAACCUUCCACACUCAGAACACUGUAUUACAGCAAUGGCAGGUACACGCCACAAAAUGGCGAGAGCGGCCUUCCUGACUCCCAUCAGAACGUCAACACGAACAAUAGGUAUCCUGUGACAACGGACACGUCUGGACAACAGAGGAUGGACGAUCUAAAUUUCAGACUGGGCGAAAGGAACCUUGCAUUCGACCCUGUGCACAAAGACGAGAACAGGGUUGGCAACAAGUCGACAUCAGACACCGAAUUUCAGCUCUCUACUGAGGGCAUUGAGGAAACUCCCCACGGCCACAGUCAGAUAUCUGAAAAUGUGAUGCUCAGUUCAAAUCUUGGAAAUGGUGGUGAACAGAGCGUGGAGGCUGAGCUUGGGACUGAGGGCACGGCUGCAGUGGUUCUCGCUAGCGCCGAUAAGAAGCCGUCUUUCCUGAGGGCGUUCGUCUUGGUCCUGGCCCUGUCCUUACACACGCUGUUCGAGGGCCUGGCUUUAGGGUUACAGAGGGACGAGGCCACUAUCUGGACCCUGCUCAUCGCCGUGUCUGUCCACAAGGCCGUUAUCGUCAUUGCACUCUCCAUUGAGCUGUCCAAAGGCGGACACAAUACCAUCAAGAGGAUAUACAUUACUCUAAUAGUGUUUGCUAUCAUGUCACCGAUAGGGGUUGGAGUGGGAAUUGCUAUAACGGAGACGGGGGCCCCUAACGACCUCGCUACAGACACAGCCUCCAGCAUACUACAGGGGCUCGCCGGAGGAACAUUUCUUUAUGUCACGUUUUUUGAAGUGUUAAACCGAGAGCUGGAAAAUGGCUAUGACUUGAGAAAAGUUUUGUCUGUCAUGAUCGGAUUUUCGGCCAUUAUAGGCCUUCAAUUCUUGGAACAUUCCCAGGCCCAUUAAGGACUGACCUUCAACUACCUGUAACCAAAAAAGCUCCCUACGGACAUGCGCCAAUUCUACGUAAGAGUGUGUUAGUUACAUAAAACAUGGUGUACUUAAAGGAUGCAUGAAAAAGAACUCUGAAACAAAGAUUAUGAUUCUAUGUCUAGUGAAGAAAAUUAUGCCCAGGGAUUUUUGUUAAAAGUUUUCGUUUGAGAGUAUUUUUUAUACCUGUUAAUUACCCCUCUAUAUUAUGCAUAUUUUCCGUCAACUGUGGAAUUUUUUUCAAAAUUACGUCAUGGUUGAUCUUGCUCGGAACUCCGUGAACUCCCCGCGAAGUGACAUUCGGUCUGUUCCCACAUGCUCGCUCCUAUUCGAUCUGUCCCCUACAGAGUUCUUUUUAAACAGGGAUCAUCGUUGACGUCACCGCUGCUAGCUACCUAAUCUCCGAACUGACCGCUGGGGCCGUAAGAAAACUGUACUUUGAAACCAUUUUACACCCCCCACCUCAACCCUCCCCCAAGCGAACAUAAAAAAUUUUAUUUGUACUGUUAUCAUAUUCUGCACAUUAAGAAACAAACCCAAAGCGUUUCCUUAUGUCCUUUAAGGCACGACUUUAUCCAGUCCAUAGUCUUCCACCAUUCUGCGAAAUGUCGCAGAGACUGCUAAUGAACAUCGUGCAAACGUCGUGGUUAGAUUGACGACUAAAAUGACCUGCGGUGUGACGAAUGUCGUCUGCAUGACUGUGGUUCAAGGAGCAUGACAUGUGACAAGUUUGAUAACAUGUUCCCGUCUUGUUCGCUGUACAGGGGUGCUUGUAGUCUGUGGUUAUUAUGUACUUCUUAUAUCACGCCAUCUUUCAGUCUACCCGAGCAUGAUAUUACUGUGCACUGUGAAGUAUAAUUUAACCUUAAAUGCGAAAUGGCAUCGAUCCAUCCUUAUCCAAAUGCCUUUUUACAGGCAUGUAGAUUUGUUUGUAUUUGCAACUUGGUGCCGUAAUCUAAGAAUAU